UCCUGGGACCAGGGCCGCCGGUUCCCAAAUGCAAAUAAGCAGCCAGCAAAUCUCCCAAAGUGAAAUUCCCACGGCUUGAAAAAGGACGCAAUGUGCAACAUCACGGUCACCAUAGGAGCUCCUACUUGAUUAGGUGGCCCAAUCCUAAUUUAAGUUCACGAAAGACCGAACCAGGAAUUGGGAAAGACCUUAGUGUGGAAAUAUUGUAGCCCAAUGCACGUUAUUGUAUUAAAAGGCAUUGCUGGUAAUGCUGUCUGCUGUCAGCGAAGCUUGUGUUGUGUGUUUGCAUAUGCGGCGCGAAUUGUGUGGAACUUUCUGGAAGACACACGGGUACCAGCGAUUACUCUGGAACAUUCGAUGACUUAUACAUAAAAGCCGAUGCGCUUGACCGGCAGAUCAGAUUUUUGACGAUCGCCGAUUAUGUUCGCAGCUAUCGUUGUUCUUUGAGGGUAGCCUGUUGUUAAAGGCACAGGUUCGCCCAAUAAAACACCACUUACGCCAAACACAGUUUUACUGCCUUCUGCACCGUCACUAAUACGCACCAAGUUUUAUUCUUUUAUUAAUACGUGACAGUAUGCACCGACUACGGCGGAAUCCGCGGUAGAUAUCUACGCGAAACGACUGUCGCUGCCGAUCAUGAAUCACUUGUUCCUCGCCGCGUUGCAGAGGUCGAAGUACGAAAAGAGCUCGCAAUUAAUGUACGCGAUAUUGAGUGCAGGGAUCGUUUUAUCUGUCCUUGUUGCUACUUUAGCCAAAGUGUAUGACACCGAUCAGUAGAGAUAAGCUCGGGGAAAAGGCUACUGCGCUCUUGUGCGAGCCUAGGACUCGUGACUGAGAACACCGCCAUGCCGGAUCAUGGACAAGGACGGGUGCACCGUUUUCGAGACCACGUCAUCGCCGGCGUCAACUGGCGACCGACGCAGUUCGUCGACGAGGUUCCCAGUUCAUGUGUAUGUGGCCUCUGCCGAACGAUCCCAAAACAGACGGUGCUGUUGCCGUGCUCGCACGCUCUGUGCGAAUUUUGCCAUGGAGCCAUCUCCCAAGGUGGCGAUGGGCUAUGUCCCUUAGAUAAAGAGCCAUUUGAGCAAGCAGAAUGCCAUGGUGUCGACUUACCUGCCAGAAAAGCUAGCAGCUUGAAGGUAUACUGCUGGAACGAAGCGCACGGCUGCCAGUACACGGGCACCGUGGACCGCAUGCUGGAGCACUACGAGAACGAAUGCAAAUUUCACACCGUGGAAUGUUUGCGAUGCGGCGAGGGAGUCCAGCACAGAGAACUGUCAACGCACUACGGGGCCGGAUGCAGUGUCGGUGUUUCUUCCGCGAUCACGGAGUCCUCGGAGCAUACAGCACGGACCCUUCCAGCCGUGAACGCUGCCCUUGAAGACCUGAAGACGAUGUUUGGGCACUUCAAGCACGAGCAGCGGCUGCCAGGGAUUCAGAGUCAGUUGAAGGAGCUUACAGAACAAGUCACAAGCCAAGAAGCCAAGUUUGCUGAGAUCACUCGUGAGCUUGGGGUAUCCGAGCACAACCUAAAAAGUGAGACGGCUCAAAUCGCGGCUGCGAUCUCAUCGACCGUGUCGCACCAGAGGACAACUCUGCGCAAUUUGGCGAAGGAAGCCUGUACGUCUUCAUCGCUGUCGUUGCGCUCUGAGCAGUCGCUGAUACUUCGAAAGUUGGAGCACUUCACCGACCUGUCACUCAAUGCUGUGGAACACUUCCGGCAAACUUCCCUGCAGCCUGAUUCCAGCCGUAUCAUGGCUCACUGUAGGCCUUUGAAUACUAACAUCCGGCAUUUAACCAGUGCGCUGUCAACUACAGCCAAGCGGAUUAAAAGAAUUGGGAGCGUGAAUUAUGUUCUGACCCUGGAAAACUGUGGCGAAGUCAUUCAGUGGCAGGGAGGCCCAAGAAAGCUUGCUCAAAUUACGGUGUGGCACAUGAGGGACACGUACUUUACGAUUGCCGUCUGGAUGCUCUGCUCCAAUUCUACUUGCCAUAUCGAUGCGGGUAUCGAGUUCAACGGGAUACUGGAGGAUUCUAAGUGUCUGCCGCCAAUUUGGCACGUGAUGAUGUGGAACAGUGCAGUAGCGAAAACUUGCGUCUUGGAUUCUGACCAACAACUUUGUUCAUGCAAGCACGAUGGAAACCCAUUGGUGCACUUUCACCUCCUAUUCAGUGCAGAAUUUAAUUUACUGGAAAUUGGUCAUUUCCUCGAAGACGGAAAGAUGGGGUUCGGCAUUGCGCUUGACCGUAAAGAAAUAGACGGCGGGUUCAGAGGAGCGCCUAAUGUUCAUUACUGAAUGUGCAUUCCAGCGCUGUAUGCUCCUUGAGACUUCCCAUGUGUGCGACAUGAGCUUAGGGAACUUUGCCACUAAAAAAAAUAUAAUGGACCUUAGAGCAAUUCUUGAAGAGUACUUUCACCCAGCUAGGGUGGUUUAUAGAUGCCAAUAAUUAAUUUAGGCACCACUGUCUUGUGUCAAAGAAAAAGGUUAUCAUUGGAAGUCUACAGCUGCAGUGAUUAAAACGUUCCGAAAUUUCAAAUUCUUC